AUGUUUUAUUUUAUUUUUUAUAUUUAUUUUUUACUAAAAUUAAUUUAUUGUGGUCCUAUACAAUUUGAAACAACAAAUUUUAAUAUUGUUAAUUUUUUUACACCAUCACCAAAUAAAUUAUCAUUUCCACAAAUUAAAAAAAGUGCCACAAUUCCACCAUUACCUUUAUCUGUAAAACAUAGUUUUGAUAAUUUUCCAACACUUCCACCAACAUUUACUUUACCAACACUUGCUCCUUUACCUGAAACAUUUAAUCUUAAUAAUAUUAUACUACCUAUUUCAACAGAAAAACCAAACUUUCCAACAUUACCUUCUUUACCACCAACAAUAACAUUUCCAACAUUUAUACCACCAUAUCAAGGAAAUGAUAUAGAAAAUACAGUUACAAUAAAACCAAUAAAUUUUGAUAAUAUGACAUCAAAUUAUGUUGGUGAUCCAGAAGCUGACAUGACAACACCAGAAAUAAUAAAAAAAUGGAAAUAUCCUGUAAAAAUUUAUAAAGCAAUAACAAAAGAUGGUUAUAUUUUAACAUUACAUCGUAUUCCAAGAGGUAGAAAAGAAAAAAAUAAAAUAAAAAAUAAACCUAUUGUAUUUUUACAACAUGGAUUAUUAUGUACUUCAGCUGUUUGGGUAUUAAAUCUUCCAAAUCAAUCAUUAGCAUUUUUAUUAGCAGAUGCUGGUUUUGAUGUAUGGUUAGGAAAUAUGAGAGGAAAUUCUUAUUCUAAAACACAUAUAAAACCAAAUAUACCUUUAAAUGAAUAUUGGGAUUUUACAUGGGAUGAGAUGGCUAAAUAUGAUAUACCAGCAAUGAUUGAUAAAGUUUUAAAUAUAACUGGUGGUAAGAAACUUUAUUAUAUUGGUCAUUCACAGGGAACAUUAACUAUGUUUACCAAAUUAAAUGAAAAUCCAAAUUUUGGGAAAAAAAUUGAAAAAUUUUAUGCACUUGCUCCAGUUGGAAGAAUGAAAAAUGUUAAAGGUUUAUUUGCAUCAUUUGGUGGUGAUGUUUAUAAACAAUUAGAAAUAAUGUUAUUAAUGUUUGGUGAUAGUGAAUUUUUACCAAAUACUGGUUUAAGUAGAUUAUUAACAGAAAUUGUCUGUGGAUUAGCUUCAGAUACACCAUUAUGUGAAAAAUUUUUAUUUCAUGUUUCUGGUCCUGAUUCUGAACAAUUAAAUAAAACAAGAAUAGGUAUAUAUCUUGCUCAUUCACCUGCUGGAACAUCAUUAAGAAAUAUUUUACAUUAUGGGCAAAUGGUUAAAUUUCAUAAACAUCAAGCAUUUGAUUAUGGAAAUAGAAUAGAUAAUUUAAAAAAAUAUGGUUUACCAAUACCUAAACAAUAUGAUGUUAAAAAUAUUAAUAUACCAAUGGAAUUAUAUUAUUCUGAUUAUGAUUGGUUAGCAACAAAAGAAGAUGUUGAAGAGUAUCUUUUAAAAAGAUUAAAUAAAAAAUAUAUUGAUAAAGCUGUUUUAUUAAAAGAAUAUAAUCAUAAUGAUUUUUUAUGGGGUCUUAAUGCUACAAAAGAUAUUUAUUUACCUAUUAUUAAAGAUAUUAAAAAAAGGCAUGAGGUAGAAUUUGAUUUGGAGGAAGAAAAAAAUAUAAAAGAAAAAACAAUAACAACUGAUACUUCUAUACCAACAAAUAAAGUUGAAGAUAAUAAAGAUAAAACUUUAACAACAUUUUCUUUAUCAAAUGAUAAAGAAUAA